AGGAGAAACACCUGUGAAGUAAGAAGAACAAAACAAAACAACCCAAACCCACUAUGUAUAGCAUCAUGUUUCCAUAAAAUAGAAAACAGAAAACCAAAGGUAUUCUUCUUUCUACCAGCAAUUUGUCACUCAGUGGGGGAAAAUGAGCGGAAGACUAAAGUCGAGAAGGGGUGCCAGGUUCCUUAGAGGUCACUCGGAAGAAGCCAGCAGUAGUUCCAGUAGCAAUGCUACGCUCUCAGAGCUCGGAAACCCUGACUCCUACAGGUUAACUCGAUCAUGGAGGAUUCUCAUAAGUAUGGUGUUUAUAUCGACUUUUCUUCUUAUGGGGCUUAGAAAUCACAUGUGGCUUAAACAAACAGAGUUUCCUCAGAAAUCCAGAUCAUUUUAUUCUGUAAUUGCGGAGUAUGGUUCAAGGCUUUAUAAUUACCAGGCCAGACUUCGAAUGCCGAAAGAGCAAGUGGAACUUUUAAAGAACGAAAGCCAGACAUUGGAGAACAACUUUCGUGAAAUUCUAUUUUUAAUUGAACAAAUAGAUGUUCUGAAGGCAUUACUUAGAGAUAUGCAGGAUGGUCUGCACAGUUACAGCUGGAACACCGACGGAGACCCUACCGAGGUUCAGAACCACACAGAGGUCAUCGAUGAGGAAAUGUCAAAUUUGGUAAAUUAUGUACUUAAAAAGUUGAGAGAAGACCAAGUCCAGAUGGCUGAUUAUGCCCUUAAGUCAGCAGGAGCCUCCAUCAUUGAAGCUGGGACCUCAGAAAGUUACAAAAAUAAUAAAGCAAAACUAUACUGGCAUGGGAUUGGAUUCUUAAAUUAUGAAAUGCCUCCGGAUAUUAUUCUUCAGCCGGAUGUCCACCCUGGAAAGUGCUGGGCCUUUCCAGGUUUCCAGGGUCAUGCUCUAAUUAAGCUUGCCAGGAAGCUCAUCCCAACUGCUGUUACCAUGGAGCACAUCUCAGAGAAGGUAUCUCCCUCAGGAGACAUCUCCAGUGCACCCAAGGAAUUUUCUGUCUAUGGCAUCUCGAAACAAUGUGAAGGAGAAGAAAUUUUCCUUGGUCAGUUUGUAUAUAACAGAACAGGAACCACUGUUCAAACAUUUGAGCUCCAGCAUGAAGUUUCUGAAUCUUUAUUGUGUGUGAAACUUAAAAUCCUCAGCAACUGGGGACACCUGAAGUAUACUUGUCUAUAUAGAUUCAGGGUCCAUGGUACCCCAGGAGAUCACACCUAGAGAGCUGGUAUCGAAGGCCAUGACCACGGGUCCAGAAUAUUCAAGUAUUCUUAUUCCAUUAGAUUUACCGCACCCAUAGGAAUCGAAAAUUAAGAGUGGGAGGGAAACCUUACAGUGGUUCAUACUUGCCAGUAAAAAAUGAAUGAAUUUUACUAAUAAAAAAUAGGAAAGUGAAUUCAACCUC